AUUACUUUUCUCUAUGCUGGGUGCAGUGAAAAGAAAAGAAAGCAUCACAUCACAUUUUCUUCUUUGCGUUUAAAAUUAAACUGGUGGCCUUUCUAGUUCAAGCUUCUAUGAUAAAUAUUAUAUGUAGUUUUCAUUCCGUAAUGUUUUUUAAUUUUUAAAUGUUACCACAUACUUAUAGUAGGUUAAUUUUUUGCAAGUGUUUGUACAAACUUACACAGUAAUACAGGAAUCUGUGAUAAUAAUGUAAAGUGUUUUACCAUACUGUUAUAAUUUAUCAAACAAAAUCUUCGAAAAAGUCUGAAGAUGGCUGAAUCACAAGUUGCGAAUAUGGUGAAUGAAAUAUUGAGAGUGGAGGCAGUUGAAGAGGCGUUCAGCUGUUUUUUGGUUAAUAAACCAGAACAAGAAAAUGAACGUUUAUCAGUAUAUCAGAAAAAGCUCUGUGCCAUCAUGACUACAUUGAGUGCUGACUUGCAGGAGUCUGCUAUUCGUCAGUACCUCGUACUUACAGCGGUUUUAACUAACAGAUACAAAAUGAAACAACUGCUAAACCUUCUAGAGAAUUUGGUUAACAUGAACAUACUUCAAGCUCGUAUGCUUUGCGACUGCAUUUUAACAAGUGACAAACUUGUUUAUCAAAAUGCUGAUUACUGGAUUGAAUGUUUCAAUUUGGUUAGAAGAAUUAUUGGCGGGGUUGACUACAAAGGUGUGAGAGAAAUUAUGAAGGGUUGUAGAGAGAAAGCACAUACUCUCCCUGUAAGACUUAAUUCUAGCACUAUGCCUCAACUUAAAGCUUUGUAUAAUGUUAUUGAAUAUAUAUUUGAUAGGAAUGCAUCUCUGCUGCCUGCAUAUUUUAUUGUCACAGAGAUUCAAAAAGAUUACCCUGAUAAUAAUCAUUGGCCGCAUUGGCAAUUGGCCAAACUGUUGACUAGCUUUGUUGAAAGCUUUAAACCAUGUGCUCAAAUGGUGUCCAUUAUAGGUCAUUCUCACAUGCUGCCUGUUGUUGAAUUCUCUGGCUAUGCUGAUCAUCUUGUAAACCCUUGGAGGUUAGAUCCUACCACCUUAAAAUUCUCACUAAAAGGAAACUUGCCUUAUGAUGAUGAGCUGUUGAAACCACAAAUAGCACUGCUAAGACAUGUGUUACAGCAACCAUAUUCGAGGGAUAUGAUGUGUUCAAUGUUAGGGCUCCAAAAGCAGCACAAGCAACGUUGUAUAGCCCUAGAAGAUCAGUUAGUAGAACUGAUGAUAUUACCAAUGGAGAAGAGUGAGCAAGAAAAUGAAGAUGAUGAAAUGUCAUCUACCCACUGGUGCUGGUUGCAUUUGUCUUCUCAAGUGAUUUAUUUGAUCCUGAUAGGAUUUGCAUCAUUCCCAAAUAUUGUCAUGGGCUUGCAUAAUAAGCUGAUUGGUCACGACAUGAAGAAAGGGCGUGAUCACCUUAUGUGGGUUUUGCUGCAGUUCAUAUCAGGAAGUAUUCAACGUAAUCCUUUAUCCAAUUUUUUGCCAAUCAUAAAAUUAUAUGAGCUCUUAUAUCCUGAAAAAGAUCCUUUGCCAGUACCAGAUUGCACUAAGGCACAUUGUACACAUCAAAUGGCUGUUGUCUGCAUUUGGAUGCAUUUAUUGAAAAAGGCAGAAACUGAACAUAAAACCAUGACAAUGCCACAGAAUUUAAAAGUGCAGUAUGAAUACCUGCAACAUCUUAUGACUUCAAACAAUACACCAACACUAACUGGAUCUGACUACCGCAUUGCGUUAUUGUGCAAUGCUUAUUCUACAAACCAGGAGUAUUAUACUAGACCAAUGGGUAUUAUUAUUGAGACUCUUUUUGGCAGCCAGAAAGCAUUGUCAAAUGGCAAUCCUGCCACUCCAUUGCCAACAAUGCCUUUAUCAAUGUGUAUUCUGGACAGUUUAACAUUGCAUUGCAAAAUGUCAUUGAUUCAUUCAAUUGUAACGCAUGUCGCGAAACUGGCCCAAAAUAAGACAAAUAUGCCAGGGAGCAGUAUGAUGGCUCCAGCUUUAGUGGAAACCUACAGCCGAUUACUUGUGUAUACUGAAAUUGAAUCUUUAGGCAUAAAAGGGUUUAUAAAUCAGCUGUUGCCUAAUGUAUUUAAGUCCCACGCGUGGGGUAUAUUGCACAACCUACUUGACAUGUUUUCAUAUCGAAUUCAUCAUAUCCAGCCGCACUACCGUGUGACUUUACUCUCCAACAUACAUUCUUUGGCUGCUUACCCGCAAGCAAAUCAGACACAACUGCAAUUAUGCUUUGAAAGCACAGCACUUCGUCUGAUAACUAGCCUGGGUAGCUCGGGGGUGCAACUGCAAAUGUCCCGGGUGGUUUCUGAACCCAAGUCUCUAGUAUCGUCUGAGAGCGAAGAGCUGAAUCGAGUGUUAGUCCUAACACUGGCACGUGGAAUUUACAUGACUGGAGCGGGCAGCGACGGGGCGGCCGUGAAGGAGCUGCUGACCACCAUAAUGACGAACACGCCGCACAUGUGGUCGCAGCACACGCUGCAGUGCUUCCCGGCCGUGCUUGUUGAGUUCUUUUCACAGAACCCAGCUCCCAAAGAGAACAAGCAAGUGCUCAAGAAGUCAGUGGACGAGGAGUACCGCAAGUGGACGUCGAUGGCCAACGACAACGACAUCAUCUCGCACUUCUCGGUGCCGGGCACGCCGCUCUUCCUCUGUCUGCUCUGGAAGAUGAUCUUCGAGACCAACAGAAUCAACCCUAUCGCCUUCAAGAUACUCGAGCGUAUUGGCGCGCGCGCACUUUCUGCUCACCUUCGCAAGUUCUGCGACUACCUCGUGUUCGAGGUCACCAACCCGGCCGGCGGGCCGCACAUCAACAAGUGCGUGGACGCCAUCAACGACAUCAUCUGGAAGUACAACAUCGUCACCAUCGACCGGCUGGUGCUGUGCCUGGUCCUUCGCCCUAAUCCUGACGGCAACGAAAGCCAAGUGUGUCUCUAUAUCAUCCAGCUGUUGCUGCUCAAAGGAUCCGAACUGAGAAAUAGAGCCCAAGACUUCGUCAAAGAAAACUCACCUGAACACUGGAAGCAGAAUAACUGGUACGACAAACAUCUUGCAUUCCAUAGAAAGUAUCCAGAAAAGUUUGCACCAGAGGAAGCAAACAGCACAUAUGGUGGACCCAUACCUGUCUACCUAAGCAAUGUGUGCCUAAGGUUUAUCCCAGUGCUAGAUAUCGUAGUGCACCGACACCUGGAAAUCCCACAGGUCAGCAAAAACCUAGAACAACUGCUGGAACACCUUGGCUAUCUAUACAAGUUCCAUGACAGACCAGUCACGUUCCUAUACAACACCUUGCAUUACUACGAGACUAAACUUCGGGACAAGCCGAUGUUAAAGAGGAAGCUAGUCACGGCAGUGUUGGGUUCCUUGAAGGAGGUCCGGCCGGCCGGCUGGGCCACCACCGAGGCCUUCCAGACGUACCUGGGCAAGACUGACGUGGAGGCCACGGCCUGGGCGCCUGACCUUAACUAUUACUUGAGUCUGGUCAACCGAAUGGUGGACAGCAAUUCUCAUUUCCCAACUACCGACUGGCGGUUUAACGAGUACCCGAAUCCGUCGGCGCAUGCGCUGUACGUGACGUGUGUGGAGCUCAUGUCACUGCCUCUCGCGCCUAACUUUGUGGGAAACAGCCUCUUAGACGUCAUCACCAAAGGAUUCGUCGUAAUUCCUCCCACAAAAAUCCAGCUGUGGAUCAACGCAAUCGGCCUCAUCAUGGCCGCCCUUCCAGACCCGUAUUGGACAGUCUUGCAUGACCGUAUACUCGAGUUGACUACACAAAAUGACAUGGUCGAGUGGCCAUUCCCCCACACGCCGUUCCAAUUGUUCAAUCUGACGACGACCAACGACGCCAUGUUAGAGAACAGAUACAGUUUGACGCUAGCGCUUGCUCACGCCAUUUGGUACCAUGCGGGAGCAGGGCAAAUCAUGCAAGUUCCACAGUUCGUGAAAGAGAAGCUAUCCCCUGAGAUCCGCACGGAGGUGCAGCUAUUAUUCCUGUGCCACCUGGUGGGCCCGUUCCUGCAGCGGUUCAACUCGGACUUGUCGCGGGCUGUCAUGGACAUCACAGUGGCGCUGUAUGAACUGCUCGCGCAAAUCGACAAGGCGCAGCCGCAUCUGCAGUACAUCGACCCGAUAUGCGAUCUGCUUUAUCACAUAAAAUACAUGUUCGUCGGCGACACACUGAAGAACGAAGUCGAAAGCGUGAUCCGCAAGCUGCGGCCGGCGCUUCAGAUGCGUCUGCGCUUCAUCACGCACCUCAACGUGGAGCAGAUCAACACGGCCUAGCACAGCGACUACUACAGCUACACGCCGUCCAGCUCGAGCUCCAGCUCCGAGUGACUGUGCAGCUGUAGUCUGCCCCUUACUGACACAUCACUAUCCAUUGAGACUAACGCCCGUAUUCACAAACAUUACUAUGAGGUCUCACAGUGCGCGUGGACGCACAGGAUGGCACAUGAACCAAUCACAAAGCUUUAUUCAACGCUGUGCGUUCGAUUUCCUGCUUCAAUUAAGCAAGCAUCGUUUGUGAAUACGGAUUUAAGUCACGUCUGUAGAACACCGCCCACGCUUCAGAUGCGUCUGCGCUUUAUCACGCACCUCAAAGUGAAUCAGAUCAAGAGUAUCAACACGUCACGGAACUGAAACAUAAGGCGCAUGGAGUGGGUUGGUCUUUGCUUUAUCUUGUCUAUUAGCUGGUCAGCACCGAACCAUUAUUUCGUGAAAGUAUAAAACAAUGCACGGCCAGAAUUGAUCGGCUCCACAGUUUCAAAGUCGACGCGCAAAGGACUAAGGCUAUUAUUGACAUAGGUUGUGAUCUGCCUCACAUACAAAAAACUAAUACUGUAUCUAAAACAAUGGAGAAGUUUCCAAUUUUUUUCUAGAAAAAGAACACUUUGACAUUAGAGUGUCAUUCUCGACAAUGCGUCAGGGGUGGUAAGCAUUGCAAAACUUGAACAGGUGGCGUGGCGUCACGGCACCGCCUAUGUUUGAGUUGCAUGCGAAAAUAUGUAGGUAAUUUAAAUAAUUAAUUUCUCAGCCAUUUCUUGAUGGAUUAAAAAAAUAACUUCACCAGCUUUUUAGUUUUGAUCUAUAUUUUAAGCCUAUUCAGUGAAACAUUAUGUUUUCAACAUCACGAAACUUCUCCAAAUAGAUAUUCAAUCAUAUUGUAACUACGUGACAAAAUCAAGCAAUACAGAAGUGUAUACUCAAGUAAUAGGAAUAUCGUAUAAUUAAUUUGUACUUCUACAAAUGUUACUAAAAUAUCUACUACCUGCUAUAACUGUUUAGUAUUAUCCUUCUUGGUGUUUGACCUCUGAAGAGUAUAUUUACCUAAUGUAGUAACGAUUCUGUAUUUACAUAAAGUAUUUAAUUUACUAUUUUUCACCUAAAGGUACAACAACAUAUUAAGCCAUUUUGUAUUGAGGGUUCGUACCCGAUAGCUUAAGCUUGUUAUGGUAUUUAUUAUUUAAAAAGUCGAGAAUCCCGACUAAAAAAGUAAUACAUAAAUAAGGUCUUCUUUAUUGCUCAAAAUAUUGAAGUCCAUGUUUCGUAUAAAGGAUACCCCAAAUUAUUUGAGACGUAUUUACCAAAUAAAGAAAUAACGUCGUUCAUUCGUUUUGUGUACAACAACCAGUCGGGGUACAUUUAAACGAAUAAGGAGCAAAUAAUAAAAGCUACAAUAUGGACUAAUUAGGUACUAAAGAAACAACAAAUAAUAUAGUUAAUUUCAAAAAAGAUAGUUAACUUCAUAGUUAAUUUUAUUGUGAUUAUGCAUGACACUGUUCUCAGUAUUUCAGUACUGCGAUAAAUCUACCGGACAAUUUGAUGUUGAUUAGGCUAGCCUUCCCCUAACCUUUUGACGAUAGACAAGCUUCCAACCGAGUACCAAAUAUUAUGGUUUCUUUGAGUGGAAAGCUUGGACUUUUUAUAUUUAAGUUCUUUAUUGCAGUUAGGUAGGAGAAUGACUUUUUUCUUCUCCUUCUGCCUUGAAAUUUUUAGCUUGCCUUGAAAUAUCUUAUUUCACGUUGGUUUAAACUAGGUCGAAAAGAUUCUUAUAGCAUAGUUUUACCGACUUCGUCACAUGAAAAUGUCUGUUAAUGUUUAACCGAAACUACAUCAGGUGGAAAAAAUAUAUUUAUUGUAAUUAAAUUAAAAUGAAUAAUAAUGUAAAUAUUUUGGAAUUGAUUUUGUUAGUUCAUUAGCAAGAGUUUCAUGUGUAGUUAAGAUGCUUACAUUAUAAGCUCAUAAGACUCAAGAUAUACAUCA